CCUAUAUCCUACACGUUCUUUAUUCUACCAGUGUUCAUACCCGUCCCACAUUGUCCCACUCUCACUAUUCUUGUAUCUUAUCAUGUUUUCUUUUCGCAAAAGACCCAGAACUUCACACUCCACGGUGUCGCCACUGAAAACUUCUCCCUCUUUGCCCGAGCUGCAUUCUCAAGGCAUUCCGUGGCCGGAAAACUUGCUAGAUGUCAAGGUAAUACGCGAAGGUCCCAUUCCAGAGCCCGAACGUUAUCCCCAGCAAGGUGCGGUCAAAAGCUCUGUAUCCUCCUUCGAUCGUGCCCCCAUUCCCUUCCACAAACCAUUUCGGUUAAUUGCAGGACAACCGGCGGAAAAUGGCAGCAAGAUCUCGUCUAUGUAUAUGUCCCACCCUCCGUCUGCCUUCGGUAAUUGGAGAUCUUCCACCGUUCCUGUCUCGUCACCACGGAGAUCCCACCGUAAAAACCGUACUUCACCAGCGUUCAACCUCAUGGUUGUGGGAGCAAGAGGGACAGGAAAGACUUCGUUCUUGCGCUUACUUCUCGAAACUGCAGACAUAUCACCAAAUGCGACAGAAGACCAGCGUAUGGGCCUGGAUCGGUUUUUGAAUGGUUCUCUGAAGCGCACACAGCAAAUUAACGCGGCGUGUGUUGAAAUAUGCGAGUCGCGGUAUGACCGAGUGCUUCUAAGCGUCAUUGAUACCCCCGGCCUGGAUUUCAGCGACGGCCACGAGUUGCGGGUUGAACGUCAGGUCAGUGGGAUUAUCAAGUAUCUUGACGCGCAAUAUGCAGAUACAAUGAAUGAGGAGUCUAAAGUUGUCCGUCAAAACAAAGGGGAUCAACAUGUUCACUUGUGUAUCUUUAUGGUUGAUCCCUCGUCUAUAUUGUCACCAUCACCGUCGCCCCGCAUCCAAUCCCCUGUGUCGGGCAGAGCCCGGUCAGAUACCACGGUUUCUCGUACUACCGUCGGAGAUACCCAAGAAGCCAUCUAUAAUCAGGAAUAUUCCAGGGACUUCGGAAUGUCCCCCGCUGAGCUUCGCGUGAUCCGUCGUCUUUCGGCACGGGUGAACGUGCUUCCUGUUAUUGCACAUGCGGACUCACUUACAGAUGACACGUUGUCGUUGGUCAAAGCUGCCGUUCACAGGGACCUGGAAUCAGCUGGGCUAGACUUUGGGGUGUUCUCUACACCCAAACCGAAAGCGGACUCCACCGUACCGGUAUCGCGCUCGGACGAUAAAGCUGCCACAACGUUGCCGCAAGAAGUAAAUGGUCACCGUGAGAACGGCGACAUCCAUCAAAACGGGAGCUCUUACGUUGCAAAUGAUAGUGAAAACAAGGGUCGCCCCUCACGUCCAGUGAUCACACUAAAAGGGACGCAGGUUUCCCGUUCUCGUUCCCGCUCUCGUCGUGACCUAUCUGCUGUGGCUCAAGACGAACGAGAGCCCUACUAUCCUGAUGGCGCCGAAGAAGAUAGCAUAGCAAAUAUUCGUUUCUCAGCUCAUGUUGUCUCCAAAACAGAUCUCUCAACGUUACUCCCCUUCGCUCUUAUCGCUCCAGAACAGGCAACUACCCCGCGGAUUAGAUGGCCGCAACCAGCUUCCCCUGAAUCUAACUUUUGCGCUCGGGAAGACACGAUAGGGCCCGCUACCCCUGUGGCAGAAACACCCAUCUCCGUUGAUAGUCCUAUUGUCCGUAAAUCCAUGUUUUUUCGAGGUCCCCCAGAGGAUCUCAGGGGCGUGUUUACUAGGAAGUUCAGAUGGGGCACUGUUGACGUUCUCAACCCUGACCACUGUGACUUCGCCGCCCUCCGAACAGCGAUUCUUUUGACUCAUUUCAAGGUUCUCAAGGUACAUACCCGGGAAGUUUUGUACGAGAAAUACCGAACGGAGAAACUCUUGGCUAGGCGUGCAACCAGGAACAUAGGCCCCGAGGAAGCGAAGCGUCUGUUGGAAGAUCUUGGCUUGUAAUCCCGUCAAUUUAUUACUAUUUACGAGUUCUAUCAGGUUCUCCCUUGUAUUCCCUAGUUUUUGAGUACUUCCUCUGUUAAAUAUUGUAUGUCAUCGUUCAUACUGCGGAUUUUUUUUGCAUUCUCUUUCACAAU